AUGCUAAUCUUUAAUGGAUUCUGCCGCGGGUCAGUUGUAACACCGGUGUUAGGCCAACACGUCUACUUGGUAUUAGCUUCUGUGAUGUCUGCAGUCCAAAACGCAAUUGAUGGACCAUAUCUUGUUAAUACCAAAGCUAAAACAGCAAAUACAUAUAUGGCAAUUCCUUCACAGGUUCAGCUGCAGGACCUUGUUUCUUCUCAUCUUCUAAUGUUGUUACUAUUAUACCUGUAUUAUUGUAGUUGUAUUUGGCGAACUUAUAUUCUAAAUAACCCACCUCAUAUUAGGAGAAGUGAGUUGGAGCUGGCUAAGAAUAUAGUUGUUUCCCUUUGUAGAAGAGGAACUGAAAGUAUGGCUGGAUUGGCUGUUUACUGCAAGCUUUUGUGGAGAUUAUAUACAGGUGCGGGUUCUGUUGCCUUUGCUAUUGUGGGAAUGUUGGGGAAGCGGAUGCUUUGGAGCAGUGUAUUAGCUAAUUUGUUAUCCUGUCACUUCCCUGUUCUUGAUUUGUCUGUGGAGGUUGCUGUCAGGCUGAAGACAUGUAAUACAAUGCGUGCAGUGGAUCCCCCCUUUCAACUCCCAAUGUCAUCCCGCGAGAUACCCUUUCCACAACAUAUGAAUGAAGUGUCGGCUAAUGUUCUUAUUCCUACGAUUCAUGUGUGGUCCAUUGGAGAGGAAUCUGUUAGGUAUCCCUACUUAUUUAUGACUAAUUUUGGUAAAAUUGGAAAUAUUGUAUCUUUGCUUUUCUGUUGCUUCUCCAUAGAUUUUUGUUGAUGUAGAUUAUUCCAACAUGGUGAUUUUUCCAAUGGCAUUUAGAGGAUUGACUUUUGAGUGUUCGGGUUGGCUUGUUUCAGUUUUGGAUGGUUUUCUUAUUGGGUUUACCAAGUUUACCCAGUGAAGGUCACAGCAUUUUCAUUCUUUCCUAAGGGAAAUUUCUUGAUCCAUGCGUGACGACAUUGCUGGUAGAAUGUUGGAAACGUUUUUUGGUGCUUUAGAAUGUGGUUCCUGUUGCUGCGCACCGUGUGAGGUUUUAUAGCACUGUGCUCAGUUCUGGGCUCUUGGCAACAAGAAUGCAGCAAGAAGAGAAUUGAUAGAGUAGAGUAAUGGUGCAUGGACUUCUGUAGCAAGCUUUCUUGCAUUGAAUGAAUGACUCAAUGACAAGCUAGAUUUAUUGAUAACUUCUGAAAUAUGCCUCGUGGAUACCUUCUCCUGAGAACAGUUAAAAGGUUCAACAGGUGGAAGUAUCCUCUAAUCUCCAGCACUAAGAUUUGGAAUUGAUCAUUAUAUGGUAGUAUCUGCAGCAGCAUUUACGAGGGAUAUCAAUUGAUCAUUAUGUCAUCUUAACACUUUGUUUCCUCGAAACUCUUUCAACACUUUUCACUUGAGUCAGCAAUGCUGAGCUAGGUGGUUGAUGAGAAUGAGGAAGGAUAGAUAAUGCUCGGUUGGUGCUUAAUGAGUUUCUGAAAGAGGAAAACUCUUUGGAUCAGCCUAAUGAGUUUUUGAAAUAGAAAAACUUGCCUGUAAGCAAUUGACCCGGUGCAAGUGAAGCAAAGUUGUAGAUUUGAUGCUUAAUUCAGACUUCUAGUUGACCCUUCAAGGUGGUCUCUGGAAAGGUUUUCUUAUUGCCACUUAAAGAGUAAAACUACUAGUUUUGCAAUCAGGUUGGCCCAUUUUGUAACUCAAUGAGCCUUUGGCUUGAUUCUAGUGCACCUGAAGGGUUAUGAUAUUUCUCUUCUCUUAUACCCGUGAUUCAACUGCUAUGGUUGUCAGUGUACCAAAAGUGUCAUAACUUUCCUCUUAUACCUUGGAUUCAAGAGUGAUCACAUUGCAUAUGAAUGUGUCAGUGGUUUCCAUUUGGAUAUGGUUACAUUUUGUAUUUAGAUUGAAAAUAUUCAAAAAUAUUUCCCACUGUUGUUUUAUCUGU